UAAUAAGAGUUAACGAUUUUUUUUUUAUGGAAAUAUUUAUUCUAUAAUAUACAAAAAAAUAAAUUAUACUCUAAAGAUUAAAUAGCAUGACUUCAUUAUCUUAAUAUGUGAGUGAUAGCCUUAAAAUGGGACAUGCAAUUGACAUUUCUUUUAAGUAGGAGGAGACAUUUAAUAAGGCUUAUUCACCAAACAAAUACCUAAAAAUCUUAUGAACAAUGAAAAAAAAAGUCAUCGCAUGUAAAGAGUGUGUUGAUGCUAAGUUUUUUUUUGUUUUUUCAUUGAAUAAUCGUCCAUAUAUACGAUAAACAAGCCAAAAUUUUCAUUAAAGUGGGAAAAUAGUAGUUUGUACUUAAAUGUGGAACAGUGUAUUAUUAUUAUUAUUAUUAUCUUCUAAUACUAUCAAUGGAUUUAGCAGCCUAUGCUAUGUCUGUUCUCUUUGCAGUUAUGCUUGCCCAUACCAUAUAUAAAAGACUCAUUAGUAAAUCCAGUCCUAAAACUGGAAGAAGACUUCCUCCAGGCCCACCCAAAUGGCCCAUUGUUGGAAAUCUUCUUCAAUUGGGCCAACUUCCUCACAGGGACCUGGCCUCUUUGUGCGAUAAAUAUGGGCCGUUGGUGUACCUGAGACUGGGCAGCGUCGACGCCAUCACCACCAACGAUCCUGACACCAUACGUGAGAUACUUCUCAGGCAAGACGAAGUUUUUGCCUCUCGGCCGAGGACCCUCGCCGCAGUGCAUUUGGCGUACGGAUGCAAUGAUGUGGCACUGGCCCCACUAGGCCCACAGUGGAAGAGAAUGAGAAGAAUUUGCAUGGAGCAUCUCUUGACGACAAAGCGACUGGAGUCAUUUUCGGCACAGAGAGCCGAUGAAGCCCAACAUCUCGUGAAAGAUGUUUGGUCCCGGGCUCAAACUGGAAAAGCCAUAGAUAUGAGGGAAGUUUUGGGCGGAUUCUCAAUGAACAAUGUGACUAGGAUGUUGCUCGGGAAGCAGUACUUCGGGUCGGGAUCAGCUGGACCACAAGAGGCAAUGGAGUUCAUGCAUAUCACCCAUGAGUUGUUUUGGCUGUUGGGGUUGAUUUAUUUGGGUGAUUACUUGCCCAUUUGGAGAUGGGUCGACCCUUACGGAUGUGAGAAGAAGAUGAGAGAAGUGGAGAAGAGAGUCGAUGAUUUUCACAUUAAGAUUAUUGAAGAGCACAGGAAGAGGAAGGCACGUUUGAGUUCUCAAGGAGUGGAAAAUGGAGAAGAGAAUGAGAUUGACUUUGUUGAUGUUUUGCUAUCUUUGCCUGGUGAAAAUGGAAAAGAGCAUAUGGAUGAUGUUGAAAUUAAAGCUCUAAUUCAGGAUAUGAUAGCUGCUGCAACGGACACUUCGGCCGUGACCAACGAGUGGGCAAUGGCGGAGGUGAUAAAGCACCCGCGGGUCCUCUGUAAGGUCCAAGAGGAACUGGACUCAGUCGUGGGUCGGACUCGGAUGGUAUCCGAAUCGGAUCUGGCCCAUCUUAAUUACCUGCGCUGCGUUGUACGGGAAACCUUCCGUAUGCAUCCAGCCGGACCGUUUCUGAUUCCCCACGAGUCCCUUUGCUCCACGACGAUCGAUGGCUACGACAUACCGGCCAAAACGCGCGUUUUCAUCAACACGCACGGGUUGGGCCGAAACACCAAGCUGUGGGACAACGUCGAGGAGUUCAGGCCGGAAAGGCAUUGGUUAGGUGAUGGCAGCCGAGUGGAGAUUAGCCACGGAGCCGAUUUCAAGAUAUUGCCGUUCAGUGCUGGGAAGAGGAAGUGCCCCGGUGCGCCACUGGGAGUGACGUUGGUUUUGAUGGGUCUGGCUCGGCUUUUUCACUCUUUCGAUUGGGCUCCGCCUGAGGGAAUCAGCCCCCAAGAUAUCGACACCACUGAGGUCUAUGGAAUGACUAUGCCUAAGGCCCAACCCUUGAUGGCCGUUGCGACACCCCGUUUGCCUGAUCAUAUGUACCACUGAAAGUUUUCAAUUUCCACACACAUAUAUAUUCAUAAUCUUAAAUAAAAUGAAAAUAAGUCGAUUUAGAGAAGUUGCAUUGCAUCAUUUAAUAAUGAAUGAAUUAAAUUAUUUAUAAAAUUGUUGGGAUAAAGUAUAAACUUGUGUAGUAUCCU